GGAAAAUCCCUUGGUGAGGCUGAGGAAGCUGAUUAACCGCGUGCACGGUCGAAGGAACCUAUAGAGAUAAAUUCAGACUUCUUGUCAAGUGAAGUUUAGGAGAGAGAUUUCGUUACACAAGCGUGAAUCAGCGAAGCGUGUACAAGAUGGAGAGGAAACGAAAAAACAGAACAGUUGCAGAUAUGAAUGCCAUAAACAUGAAAACAGCAGAAGAAAAACCCAAACAGGAAGACGAAGAGGACGAGGAAGAGGAAUUCGUCAAAUAUGGUGCAGUGGAUGAGUUUUACGAUUUGGAGAAAGAAAUCGGCAAAGGUGCCUAUGGAACAGUGAAGAGGUGUACUCAUAAGACCAAAAGAAACAAUUAUGCGGCUAAAAUAAUCAAGACAGCGAAUAGCACCGUCAGGAAGACCGUGUUGCGAGAGAUUGAAGUGAUGCGAGCCCUUGGAACACAUAACAAACUUGUUGAACUUGUAGAUGCUUACCAGACUCCAUUUGAAAUCGUGAUGGUCCUUGAGCUCGUGGAAGGAGGUGAAUUGUUUGAGCGAAUCGUUGCUGAAGAGUAUCUGAUGGAGGAAGAUGCCGUGGACUAUGUCAAGCAAAUCCUUGAAGCUUUACAGUUCAUGCAUGAAAGGCAUGUUGUUCAUCUGGAUCUAAAGCCAGAGAAUAUUCUGUGUGUGAGUAUGCAUUCAAAUGACAUCAAGCUGGUUGACUUCGGACUCGCCAGGAGUCUAGAUUCCGAAGAAGAAGUUAAAUCUUCCUUUGGUACUCCGGACUUUGUUGCUCCAGAAGUAAUACGGAUGAAGCCAGUGUCAACUGCUAGUGAUUUGUGGAGUCUGGGUGUUGUGACUUAUGUCCUAUUAAGUGGCUUGAUGCCAUUUUCUGGAGACGACGACCAUCAGACUCUUGUGAAAGUAGCUAAGGCUGAUUGGGAUUUUGAUGACGAAUGUUUUGAUGAUUUGUCCCACGAUGCAAUGGAAUUUAUUGAGGGUCUCCUUGUUAAGGAACCAAGCGAGAGGUUAACAAUAGAAGAAUGUUUCCAGCACCCGUGGAUAAAGGAUACCCAUGACACAGGAACAAAGAUAAACACACAAAACCACAAGGCGUUCAUGGCAAAGAGAAGAUGGAAGAAAUCCGUAAAUGCGCUUUUGGCUGUUCGUCGCAUGUCUUUGUCUCCCUUAUUCGGCUCCAAAAGAAGACGCUCCAUGGAUCCCAGCAUAUUAUCUGCGGCUUCUGAGAGCGAGGAAGACCAGCAUAAUGAAGCGGACAGAAAAGUUUCCGCGCCAAUUGAUCCGUCAGGACUAACUCUCCCAAACCGUCGCGUUGGGGAGACGCGCAACUCUUGUUUUAAUCUGGAUAUGGCAACCAUAAAAGCCUUGCAGGAAAAAGCUGUCAAGGCCACUGGAAAGGCAUCGCAGUCGGACGAAAAUGACAAUGAGGACGGUGAAAGUGGUACUGUUGAAAGUAUAGAAAGCUUAGAAUUGAGUGCGACUUGUUCGGAAGAACAGGAGAAUGAAGGAAACACAGUAGAAAGAGACAAUAGUGUUAAUGAGGAGAUUUCAACUUUGCCAAGACGUAGAGCACACACUUUUUGUGGAGCCACCUUCAAGGCGAAGCCUGCAGCUGCUUCUCGCGAGAGGAAAAUUUCGCAGAUAUCAAUUAACGUAGGGAAUUCGUCUAAAAAUGACUUCAAGCCGGUUUCUUUUACUUUCAAUACAGAGGACAUGAAAAGGAAUGAAAGGGUUAUUUUGGAAUCCGCUGCUAUUUUAAACGCGCGGCCGAAAGUACAGGCGUUCCAACAAGAUUCCACCACGAAUGAUGGAAGCGUAAAAGCCGGAAAUUCGAUGGACGUGUCAGUUUUAACCACGCCUGGAGGUCAAUUUGACAAAAGUAGUCUAAAACCACAAACAAUAACUUUAGAAAUGGAUAAUUCAAUUCUAACCGAAGGGCUUACGGAACCGCCCGACAACAAAGCUGACGAACUACCGACGAUUUGCGUCAACGACGAACUUUACGUAUCCGAUCCUCCUCCAAUUAAAUUGGCUUUGAAUAACAAUAUCGAAAAAAAGGACCAAGAAAGACGGGCCUCGACGCCUCCUCCUUCCCUUAAAACUAAUUCUGUCGUAAGUAUUGCAAAUGUAGAUAAAAUUGCUGAUAGCGUCCAGGCCAUCACGGUCCAGCUUGGAAAUUUGAAUGGGUUGCAAUUGAACUCGAAAGAGGUCACGUGUAGUGUACGACGAGCGUCGACUGGGUCAGCUCCUUGCUAAUGGAGCAAAUACACAAUGUGAAUUAAUUAACGGUAGUCAUAACUAUUACAAAAUUAAUGACAAACUUGUAUAAAUUAUAAUGACUGUCCCUAUACAUUCAAGCUUCGUCCAUAAGACGACGGAUAACUGUAAAAACGCAACUUCUUUUCCAUAGUAAGGCCCUGCUGGUGGGGAAGGGGGGGAACGUCUCCUUGGGGGGACUAGCCCUACUGUCUCGCUAAUCCGCAUAAACUGUCUUAUCGGAAAUGGAUUCCUGCAAAGAUGUUUGCUUUGUUUUUCCUUUUUUAUGGCGAUAUUUAAACCUCACUAUGCAUGUCUGUUUCUGCCGCCAGGGAUCAUUGUAGUAUGGAAGGACUAUAUAUAAUCUGUUUUCCUGAGUGGACGGACUCCGUUUCAAUUUCUCUCCGGCGCUUGUAUUUAAGAGAAAAUUAACCAAAGGCGGAAAAAUUCAAACCGAGACAAACACAAGUCUUGAAAAAGAAAAUCCAUCAGGGUAAACUGACUUUCUAGAAAAGUGAGUAUAAUAAAGUAGAAG